AUGUUUCCAAACUUGACUCUUUCAGACAUUUCUCGUGCAUGUCUUACUUUCGAAAAGUACCAGUGGGCUACAGGUUCUGUGCUUGAGGACCCCUUUUACUCGGUGGAUAAGGACUCUGCUUCGGUCCCUCCAGGAACAUUGAUCAAAGUGGAAAGGCAUACGAACACAUCGCUCUACUCGCUGCCGCCUGGUACUGCUCUAUCACGCAUCGUAUAUCAAUCCAAGAGCUUCCGUGGCUCCUUGGUUCCUGUUUCGGCGUAUAUUCUCUGGCCUUCCAGCCCACGAUCAUCCGCCGAUGGGUUUCAAGUUGUGGCAUUUUCUCACGGAACUAGCGGGAUCGCCCCCGAUGGUGCCCCUUCGCACAUCAAGAAUCUCUGGCAGCACUAUCUCGCUCCGUUCAAUUUGGCUCUUCAGGGCUAUGUUGUGGUUGCUACAGACUAUGCCGGGCUCGGCGUGUCGAAAACCGCUUAUGGGAAGCCAAUUCUCCACGAAUAUGCAGCGGCCCCAAGUCAUGCAAAUGAUAUUAUAUACUCAGCUCAAGCAGCACAAAGCGCUUUUCCGGAGCUCUCCAAGUCCUUUGUUGUUCUCGGUCAUUCUCAAGGAGGAGGGGGAGCUUGGGCCGCUGCGCAGCGGCAAGCUGUCGAGCCUGUCGCUGGGUACCUAGGGGCUGUUGCGAUAGCUCCUGUUACAACUAUGACCGACAGGAAAAUGCCGCCUUUGACACUUUCAGCCUUCGGAUUCUUAAUCGCGCAGGGCAUGGAAAACAUAUUUCCCGAAUUCAAUCGUGCCGACAUUCUGACUGAUGAAGCCGUGACUUCUUUGGGAAUCAUACAACAAACCGGAGGAUGUAGUGCAACUGUAGCUAGUCUCAUACAUGGGACCAAGGCGACAAAGCCUCGCUGGACUGAGAAUUCUUUCGUGCAGAAAUUUGAAGAAUUAGUCAAAGUCGGUGGAAAAGAAAUCAGUGGGCCUUUAUUGGUUAUUCAUGGGGAUAAUGAUUUUAUCAUACAUAUGGAUUUGACCACUUCUGCGGUAGAAGCAACUGCACAGAAGUUUCCCGCUGCUCAGAUAGAAUAUCUCCGCAUUCCUGGGGCUUCACACAACCCAGCACUUACAAGCUCCCAAUGGAUCUGGAUGGACUGGAUCGCGAAGCGCUUCGCUGGUGUCGCGCAGGAGCCGGGGCUAAAAGUUUCAGAGACCAAGGUUGCAAUGCCCGCUUCAGCUUACCAGCGAGAGUUGAACAACUGGAUAGCACCAGCAAUGAUCUUCUAUGAGACCCCUUGA